GGUGCCGGAAGUAGUUCUGUGAGCGGUGCCGGGAACGUCGCUGCUGGUGUGAGGCGAAGCGCGGGAGACGCCGCCAUGACGUCGGCUCUGGAGAACUACAUCAACCGUACUGUCGCAGUAAUAACUUCUGAUGGAAGAAUGAUUGUGGGAACCCUCAAAGGUUUUGAUCAGACCAUUAACCUGAUUUUGGAUGAAAGCCAUGAACGAGUGUUCAGUUCUUCACAAGGAGUUGAGCAAGUAGUGCUGGGAUUAUACAUCGUAAGAGGUGAUAAUGUUGCUGUCAUUGGUGAGAUUGAUGAAGAGACAGAUUCAGCUCUUGACUUAGGGAAUAUUCGAGCAGAACCCUUAAAUUCAGUUGUGCAUUGAAAAGAAGAGAAUGCACAGGGACUUUGUAAAUCUUUGGUUGUACAGACCUAUUUAACAAUGUUCAACAGUUUUUACAAAUUGUGCGUAAUUUGUUUAGUCAUCAGUUUUUUUUUAUUAUGAAUAUGUUGUAGUUUCACAUGUAAAUUAAAGUUUCUACAUUUUACUAAGUAUGUUUCUUGUUGAACUUACUUUGGAGAUUUCAUGCUGUGUGAUUUCACUGCAAAAUAUAUAUUGGGAAAUUCAAGUAAUAUUGGGAUAGGGGGCUCUGCUAUAGAGUUCAAAGAAGGUAAUGUGUCUCUGCUUACAGGGUGGCAUAAAUGUGGGUGCUCACGCAUUCUUGGAGAAGGUGAGAAAGGUGAUUUCAACCUCCCUUUCAGAAAAGAUUGCUGAUGAAAGCCAGCAGCACAAAGUCCAAAUAGGUUGAUAGGCUGUGCAUUGCUGAGCUGAAUCUUCUCCAGCGAGGUAGGCAAAGAAUGGCCUGCUCACGGGUCUGGUUAGGAUUGUAAACGGCAACUCAGUGCUGCCAGGAGGGAGCCUACUCAGAAGUGAAGUUCUGUCUGACAACUUAAACUGUCAGCUGUGAAGUUUGGUUACCUACACACGUGGACAGCAGCAAUGUUAAGAUUAUUUUUUACUUGUGGCUUACAUUCAAAUUUUGUUUCUGUCUCAACACCAGAUUUUAUUUCCAUUUGGUGCUCUUGGUUUUGGUCUGGAUUUGACCGAAGAGUGUGCUGGGUAUGUACGGUACGCUGGUGAAGAAAUCAAAGACAGGAGAACUGGUCAGAAUGGGGUUCUUUAAAUCAAACCAAAGGCCUGCUACCCUUCUAAAAACUACACAGAUGAAAUUGUAGCCUAGUAAAAUUAGGCUUUACAAUGGAUUGUCAGGUCCCUGCAAGGGCAUGGUGCAGAGGAAGCUCUCAAGAAAACUGUAUUAGAUGCAGGAAGUUGAAUUGUAACCAGUCUGAUACAGCAUUUUUAUUUAAUCAAACCUGUGCUUUGAGUAAGCUAUGAAUAGGUCACCAGUGGAAGUUAAUGAUUUCUUGAAAAAUUAUUAUGAAGUGGAUCACUGGCAAAAAUAAAUGGGUUUGAAAGCAGAAAAUGGAUAUCAAAA